GCGGGGCCCAGGCGGCGGCGGCGGCGGCGGCGCGCGGCGGGCCCGGAGCCGGCACGGCCGGGGCGAGGCGCAGAUCCCGCCCGUCUCCCAAGGCCGGGCCUCGAACCCUGCCCGCUGCAGCCCCAGCCGCCCCCCUCUUUUCCCAGCCAUGCUCCGUGCGGGAUGAGGCUGGAGGCUGUGGUCGAGCAGCUGCAGAAGCAGCAGCAGAAGCAGCGAAGCCCUCUGCAGAUGGAUUCCAGGGAGCGGCAGCAGAGGCAGCUGCGGGAAGCCCAGCUGCUCUACACGCAGCAGCUGGCGGUGCAGCAGGCCGUGCUGGCAGCCACCGCGGGCCGGGCUUCGGGCGGCUCCGCCGCGGGUCCCCUGGGCAGAGGCCCGGCCGGGGCCGCGCGGGCUUUCGAUGAGAGCAGCAUGAAUUCGGAGCCGGAAGAGGAGGAGGAGGACGAGGAGGAGGAGGAAGACGAGGAGGAGGAGGAGGAGGAAGGCGGAGAUCUCGCGGAUGGCGCCGAUAUGACUGGAAAGGAGUCCUGCUCCGCUCUGAAAUACUUCCACGCUCCCAAAGCUGCGCAGCACAACCAAAGAGCGGCCUCUACCUCCAACCCUCCUCCGGCCGCGGGGCACCAGCGGGGCCAGCAGGGCCGAGAAGAACAGGGUAAAGACACUACUAAGCAGCCCUACUGCGGCUCCCCGGCCGCGCGCCAGGGCUGGAGGUUGGACGAGCAGCUCAAGCAGAACGGCAACGUGACCUGGAGCGAUGAAGGCGACGGCUGCCGAGGAAGAGAAAUUUCACGAGACUUUGCCAAGCUUUAUGAACUGGAUAGCGACCCUGAACGGAAAGAGUUCCUGGAUGACCUCUUCAUCUUCAUGCAGAAGAGGGGAACUCCCAUCAAUCGGAUCCCCAUCAUGGCAAAGCAGAUCCUGGACCUCUACAUGCUGUACAAACUGGUGACCGAGAAAGGAGGGCUGGUGGAAAUCAUCAACAAGAAGAUCUGGCGGGAGAUCACCAAAGGCCUUAAUCUGCCCACCUCCAUCACCAGUGCCGCGUUCACGCUUCGAACCCAGUAUAUGAAGUACCUGUACGCCUACGAAUGCGAGAAGAAGUCCCUCAGCUCUCCUGCCGAGCUUCAGGCUGCGAUCGACGGCAACAGGCGGGAAGGCAGGCGGCCCAGCUACAGCUCCUCCUUGUUCAGCUACUCGCCCACCGCCACGGGGCCUCCUUCCCUCCUGUCUCCCCCAAAGAUCCGCUUCCCGAUCAUCGGCGUCGCGCCCGGCAGCGGGACCAGCAAUCCUCGCGUGUCUCCAGCAGCAGCUGUCAGAAAAGGUGACGGUGUGCCCUUGACUGUGUCUAUGCCAAAUCGCAUCGCUGUGCCGGUGACCUUGGCUAGCCAGCAGGCAACGGUGGCGGCGAGAACAGCCACCCUGGAGCAGCUGAGGGAGCGGCUGGAGUCCGGGGAGCCGCCGGAGAAGAAGGUCUCGCGGAUGACGGAGGAGGAGCAGCGGCUCGUCCAGCAGGCUCUGCAGCGCAACCUCUUCAGCAUGGCGCGGCAGAUCCCCAUGAAAAUCAAAAUCAAUGGCAAGGAAGAUAAACCGGACUCGGCGGCGGCGGCAGCACUGAAUCUGUCACCUAACGGCAUUGGGAGCAUCAACAUGUCGGUGGAGAUUAACGGCACGAUUUAUGCUGGAGUGCUCUUUGCCCAGAAGCCAGUCGUCCAUCUCAUCGCGGGCUCCAGCACGCAGAGCUCCUGCAGCAGCAGCAGCAGCUCCCACUGCUCUCCCAGCCCUACCUCAUCGCGGGGAACGCCCGGCGCAGAGCCCUCCACCAGCUGGUCUCUCUGACGGACGGCCGCGCUCGCUGUCUCACACUGGCCCCCGGCAGCUCUCCCUCUCUGCUCGCGGCGGGGAGCGAGCCGGGAAGGAGUCGCACACGUUACCUCAUCUCAAGGAACCUGCUUUGCGGCUGGCCGACGGCAAGAUGAUGAUGCUGAAACCUUUCCACGCCAGCGAGUUGUUCUUCAUCGUCCGUUUGUCCAGCCUUUUCCUUCCUUCUCCCCUUUCUUCCUCCCUCUCUCUUCCGUUUUCUUCCUCCUCCUCCUCCUCCUCCUCCUCCUCCCCCCGGGGUUUGCCGUGUUCCCGCUGGGGGGCGGGACAUGGAGAGGGGGCACCCCUGGCGUUUUUCAAUCAGGGAUCGUCUCUAGGAGCGGCGGGUCGAGAGAUGGCUGAGACGUCACCAGGGCAGGUGGAAGGAGCCGGGGUCGGGGCAGGGAAGCGGGGUUCUCCUCGAAGCAGCAGCCACGCAGGCUCUUCCCACAAAACAUCCCAGUGUGUUGACAAUCCGAACGGCCGGCAGGCUGCCUUGCCCCUCUCCUGCCGGGCUCGCAGCUGCCGAGCAGGCGAGCUUCCUCGCUUUUCUUCAGGCUCUGCCGUGCUCCAGUCCUCCCCUCGGGCCCACGGUCCUUGCUUGUGGAGUCCCGAGAGACUUGGUGAACCUCCUUCCCCCCCUCUCGGAGGUCUUGGCCGCAGGGGAAGGACCCCCAGACACAGAAAACCCCCGCUCGCUCAGCUGCUUCGUUCUCCUGGCUGGUGCUGGCCCGUUCCCUACUGUCGUUGCCUUUUUCAGGCUUUCAGCCAAGUUGUAAAUGCCCUCGACCUUGUCUCUCUGCCCUUGGGGAACUCAUCCCGCUGACAUUUACCCUGACAGCCUGAACUUGUUUUCGCUUGGGUUUGAUCCUCUGCCCCCCUUGACACAAGACCCGGUGGCUCCGCGAGCUCAGCCCCUGCUCGCGUGGCCUCGCUGUGUCCCCUCUCCUCCUGCCGUCCCGCACACAUCCUCCCCCGCCUGGAGGUCAGAUCCGAGCGCCAUCCCUCCUGCCCUGGUGACGUCCUUUCCAUCCUCCGGGCCCGAGUCAGGUUUUUUUGAGCAGAUGAAAUACCUCAGAUAUGUACUUGUUGUUGGGGUUUUUGUUUGUUUGUUUUGGGUUGUUUUUUUUUUUUUUAACCUCUUCAGGAAGUAUUGGCAUAUCUUAUCGCUUGAUUUUUUAUAUAUAUAUAUGUGGUUUUGCUGACGUUGUGUUUAUUUUUUUUUUUUUAUUUUUAAUUGUAGCACCAAAGACAGAAAAAAAAAACAAAGCUGAGCGAAGGAGCAGCGGCUUCCCCAUCCUUUAGGCUAGCCAGGAGACAUGCUGAGCACCACUGUCCCAGGACAUGCGCACGACAGGACAGGUAGAGGUAGGAACAGAGGGCAAGGGCGACAGCUGAGUUAGAGGACCCGUCCUUCACCUUGGACAGGAGGCUGUCUCCAGAGGCCCUGUUGGAUUUCUCCAUCCCCAGUCAUCUGUCCUUGCCCGUAGCAAAGCUGCGCAGCGCAGCUGGGAGGCGACAGCCCUGCCAACACUACGGAUUUCCCCGGCCUCUCAUAGGAAGGUGCUUCCUCAAAGCAGAGCUUGGUCUUGUGGCAGGGAUGCAGCCUGCUCGGUCGGGCCGUGGCUUUGUGAAUGUUUUCCCGGGCUCGCUGGAUGCAGACAGCGCAGCUGAUUCUGCCCUCGCUACAAGACUAAGCCCUGUGGGUGCUGCGUCACUUCAGCUGUCGUGAGAGGCACCGAAAUAACUCGUUCCUCUCGUUUUCCACCUGCACAUCGCUGCUGGUGUUACCAAACCGCGUGGGAAGCACCCAAGCCAGUAGCUGCAUUACAAUCGAAGUGAAAAACAGGUUAAAACUCCGGAGGUUCAGCUUGUAAAAAACCAAAACAGUUUCCUGGAGUGUUACUGGUGAGGCACCACGUGCCCCCCAGCAAACGGACAGCUCUGGCUGCCUGCAGUACGUCCCUGUUUAUGGACCUGGGUUCCUCUUUUACUGCCUGUGAGUUCCUGGCGGUUCCUUCAGGCGAUCCUUCCCCGAGAGGCCUGACAGCAGGCACCCCUGGCUGCCAGCUGCGCUGCUGUCCUGCUCUCGGAGCGAACGGAGGAGCGCGGGGCCGGUCGCUGCUCUUCAG